CAAGCACCGCACGCCUGUGAGGAGCACAAGCCAGAGUCCAGCGAGCACUGUGAGUGUGUGUGUGUGUGUGUGUGUGUGUGUGUGUGUGUGUGUGUGGAGAGAGAGAGAGAGAGAGCCGGCUGCUGUGCUGUGCGCUGCGUCUAUCGUGCUAUCUCUCCGGGCCGCGCGCGCGAUGUCAAGCACAUACUGUAGCCGAGCGCUGCAUUUAUCAACCCAUCAUCUCACCGCCACGCCAAGCACACACUGCGCAUGAGUAUCAACUCCACAGAGCUCUAAUGUUGGUUUUACAAAUUUGCAAAGUGGACAUUUGCCGUUUGUCUCUGGACGUGUCGUGUCAGCCAGCCACCAAGACAAGCCUCCACGGCGUUGCCAGAUGACACCGCAUCACACACAGUCUUGUUUACAACAGUCAUUUGAAUAACUACAGAAGGUUCCAUGGCGAUGGAAUUGGUCAACUCCACCGCUCCGUCUCCAGUCCCCGCCCAACUUUGCAACAUCUCGUCCGAGUACAAGCACACCACCUACGCCGUGGUGUACAGCGUCGUCCUGGUCCUCGGCCUGCUGGGGAACGGCAGCGCCCUCUACGUCUUCUGCAAGCUCUCCGUCAAGAACCGCCUGUCCACCAUCAUCCUGAUCAACCUGGCCAUCUCCGACCUCAUCUUCAUCCUCGCUCUGCCGCUGCGCGUCGGCUACUACAUGCGGGAGUCGCUGGCCCAGUCCGGCGGCGGCGGCGUGGGCGGCUGGCGUCCGCAUCACGAGCGCAACGUGGACGUGUUGGAUCUGGCGUGCCGCGCGUCCACCUACCUGUUCUACAUCAGCAUGUACUGCAGCAUCUACUUCCUGAUGGCGCUGAGCGUGUGCCGCUACCUGGUGCUGUCGGGCCGCCUGCGCCACCAGAACCGCGUCUACUGCCGCCGCGUGCGCCUGCUGUGCGCGGGCAUCUGGGCGCUGGUGGUGGGCAUCAACGUGGCGUACGUGGCGGCGGCGGACGGGUUCACGGUGGAGGCGAGCGGCUGCCUGGAGCCGCGCAGCGCGGGCACCUGGGACUUCCUGUACCGCGCCAACAUCAUGGCCGUGGCGCUGGGCUUCUCGCUCCCCCUGGUGGCCGUGCUGCUGUGCUACGCGCUGAUGAUCCGCCACAUCCUGGCGGCCAGCGCUGGGCGGCGCGCCCGCGACGUGGCGCUCGUCUGCCUGGUGCUGACGGUCUUCUGCGUCUGCUUCCUGCCCUACCACGUCCAGCGCACGCUCCACCUGGCCUACGCCCGGGACGCGGGCACGGCGUGCCAGACGCGGGCGCACCUGGAGCGCAGCGUGGUGGCCACCCUGUGCCUGGCGGUCGCCAACAGCGUGCUGGACCCGCUCAUCUUCCUGUUCGUGGGCAACGGCUUCCUGCAGGCCGUGCGCAAGAUGCUGGCGGCCGUGGUGACCGGGGGCCGUGGCGCCGUGCGCUGGGGCUGGCCGUGGGGGAAGGGCGGCGACGACGACGGCGGCGACGGAUUCAGCUCGUCCGGAGGGGGCACCACGUCGUUCCCCACGCCUCCCUCCCCCCCCGUCCAGCAGCCGCUGGUGCUCGUCCAGCCCCCGAGCCCGAAGCAGGACCGGGGAGACGGCGGCGACAGCACUGACCUGUAGUGACCCCCGGACUAAAUAAAGACAUCAGCGAACACACCGUCCACCUCACGGCUUAAGGCCGGCACCCACCGGACACGGCCUCCAGCGGUCUGGGCUCGACACGCAGGAUUUUAGAAUCGUUUUCUAUCCCUGUGCGGCUGCUGCGCAGCAGACGUUUCUAGUGGGCUUUGCUCCGUUGAAAACGAUGGAGUUCUCAUUUGUUUAUCCGGUGGGCGCCGGCCUUUACACUCAACUCCGUUAGACAGGCAGCUUAUGACAAGGAGUAGACACUUUCUAGAA